AAUAAAUUCAUUUUUAUAAUGCGAAAACAAUGGUAAGCAAUAGGGCCGGUAGCAUUCCUUCUAGCUAAUCUAAAUUUUCUUUCUUGUGACCUGGAUGAUGUGAAACCCCAGCCCUUUUUUUCUCCUCCCUCCCUCCAUUUCUACCCUCUUCCUCUCCUGUUCCUUUCGCGUCCCUUCCCCCAACUCCAUUAUUACUUUCGUUCCAGUUUCUUCCCUCCCCUUAUUUAGCACCUACUACUCACAGACAAUCCUCCUCCCUGCUUCACGCCUUUUCCACUUGCAUAAUCGACCAACACCCAAAAAAAAAAAAAAGAAGUAGAAGGAAACAAGAUGUCUGGCAGUAGCAACGAAAGAGGCAAGGAGCUAAUGGGGGAAGGAUCCAGCGACCCACACCACCAUCAUCACUACGAGCAGCAGCAGGCUGCCACUCCGAGCCGGUACGAGUCGCAGAAGAGAAGGGAUUGGAACACGUUCGGGCAGUACCUGAAGAACCAGAGACCGCCCGUGCCGCUGUCCCACUGCAACUGCAACCACGUCAUCGACUUCCUUCGGUACCUGGACCAGUUCGGGAAGACCAAAGUCCACAUCCAGGGCUGCAUGUUCUACGGCCAGCCCGAGCCACCGGCGCCUUGCACCUGCCCACUGAGGCAGGCCUGGGGGAGCCUCGACGCGCUCAUAGGCAGGCUCCGGGCAGCCUACGAGGAGAACGGAGGCUCCCCCGAGACCAACCCUUUCGCCAGCGGGGCCAUCCGGGUCUACCUCCGCGAGGUCAGGGAUUGCCAGUCCAAGGCCAGGGGGAUUCCUCACAAGAAGAAAAAGAAGAAGCAGCAGCAGAAGCCGUCUGGUGGUGGCAAUGACUCUUCUUCUGCCCCUCCCUUGCACUAUUCCUGAAUCUGCCACCCAGCUACCUCCUCAUCAUAUUAUGAGAUGGUAAUCGGUCAGUUUGAUUUCGUAGCUUUGUUUUGGCUUGGUUGUUUCACCAUCUGGUAAUUAGUUUUAGUUCAUCCAACAUCCCUAGAUUAUGUGUACAAUAAUUAUACUAGCUACUAGCUAGCAAGUCAAUCUAGCAAGCUACGUAUAAGAACAAUUAAUUAGUUAACACCUGCUGUUGUCCCGAACUGUAUAACUCGAAUCGAUAGUAGAUAUCAAACACUUAUUCAUCAGCCACAGCCCCUCCACUGCUUCUUCUUCUUUUGAUUUCCAUUUCUCUAUCAGCUCAUAGGUCGAGGGAUCAAUUCUAUGCCUCCCUAAGCAAGCUUACAGAUUCAAUGGAAUGCGAGGUUGACUAACUAGCUAGUGUGGUUUUUGACUAUUGGGUUCUCCUUCUUGUUUAGUAUAUAGUGAGCUAGAUUAAUGGUUCAAGUGGGUUCUCCUGGAGCAUACAGUGAGUCAAUCAUCAACUAGCAUUUACACGCAUAAUUAGAAUUAUAUGUAGUAUUUAAAGUUUUUUAAUCUAUCCAAAUUUUCUUUCUCUCCAUCAAUGGGGUUCUUUCAUUAAGAUUUUCCUAGAUUUUCUGCCCCCGUAUGAGUGCCAAAGUGUUCACUCCAUAAUGAAUUUAUAGCAAUUAAAUAUUACGAAAUGAAUGAUUGAAUGAUAUUACACAUUAACCAAUGUCUAAGGUUUCCCCCCAUUGCUGUCCCUGUAGUUUAUAUAAUUGAGAGCAAAUUAAUUAUUUGUUUAUUCAUCAGUACCCACCCCCCACAUCUUUCAUCUUUGUCAUUUCCCCUAUCAAAUGCCUUUUCCUUUUAUUAUAAAAUAAUAAAUUAUUGUCCUGGUUUUGGAGCUGAAAGGAACCUCCAAUUACAAUUUUACCAGGAUCAUAUAUCUCUAUUCAUUCCAUUGUUUUCUCUUUAUACAAAAACACACUAUUCAUAGGUGGCAAAAGUUUUUUUGUCCCACCCAAACAUAAGCAUCUGCUUUAAUGUGGAGCAGCAGAUCUUUCAUUUUAAUUUAAUUUGCAGCAGGGACAGUUUUCAAGGAUUUUAUAUUCUAUCUUUUACUCUGAUUGGAUUUGCAUAUUGUCCAUGAUCAGAUUUUGUGGGGUACAUGUCCCAUGUCUCUCUGCCUCAGAUGAUCAUUCAUCAUUAAUCAAUAUAUUUAUGCAUAUAGGCCCCUACCAAGACAUUCUCAGCUUUUGUUGGUUUUGCUUCAUCUUUUCCUGCUAUAAGUUGGAUUCAUUAGCUAGCACCAAUCAGGCCCUUCUCGAGUCCUAAGUUGUAAUUUUACAUACUGUAUGUGACAUAAAAAUGGCAUCUGUUAUUGACAUGAUGAAAGGACUUGGAGAUUAAGGCGUAUUAAGUAUAAUAAUAUUAAUAAUACUCUUUAAAACAUUUACAAAUAGGCCUGAGUGCGGUAAGUUGAGUGUAAAGUGAGAUAUAGAUCAGAAAGCUGGCUAGCUAGGGUUUGGUUUAGGGUUUUCCUCUCUUAGAUACGUACGUAUAAGUUGAUCAUGCCUAUCGAAUUUUGCUCCACGCUAGGUGUUCUAUAUAAGCUUUUUCGUUACAGAGAUUCGAGGUUAUAUCCUCCCAGCUGAUAGAUAGAGAGGCAGCUACUUUUACCUCUUUCAUGAAUAUAUAUGUAGACUGGUGGCCAACUACUCCACAAGGUUUCUUACGGAACUAAAAGAUCAUCUAAGUGAAGUCAUCAUUUUGUUGGUAAUUGUAGUAGACCAUGCAUAUAUGGUAUCCACUUAGGGUUAGGAAUUCUUUGAUGAUGCGUAAGAUCGAUGCAGUGCCAACCAUAUAUUAUUGGAACGGGAAAACAUGCAAAUUCUGUAGUCAUUAUUAUAUUACCUAUGAUAACUUGAUCCAGGAGUUUUAUUAUCAUAUGAAAAUGUACCACAUAAAAGUAACGGUUGACAUGACUCGAAUCGGAUUAUCUUUUUUAUAUGACUUGAAUCCAUAAUGUGCCGGCUUGUACACGUUUGAGUUUUUUUCUCCCGAUCUGGUAUGUAACCUUAUUCUUUACCGGAUUGGAUUAGGGUUUGCCCCAGUGCCGGAGCUAUGUUAAUGGUAGGGGUAGGGGAUGGAAAAUUACAUUUAAAUUUUGUAAUACAUUGAAAAAUAUAGUAUUUGAUAAGGCGUUAGCCCCCUCCUCGCCAGUUUGAAUUCUCUGUACGUAAAUUUUUAGCCUUCAUCAUUCGAAUUUCUGGCUCCGCCACUGGUUUGCCCAUUGGAGAAGCACCAUAUAUACUUUUCGAACUUCUCUGUAAUUUGCACUCUUCUCAAGUAUACUGAAGUUGGCUCUCUCCCAUCUAUGAACUAACACACGUAGUGUUAGCGAACAACAUAAAUCUGUAUAUUCUUUACUUUCUUACUAUCUUACUAUGCACUGUCUUUCUUGCACGAUUAUUUGGAUCCGUCUUUAAACAAGUUGGAAUACAUACAAGCACUGACAAUUUGUUUAUUGGUACCUCAGAUCCAUUUCUAAAUCACAUGAUACAUUGAAUUUCAGGUAUACAUAUCGCUGUGAAUCAAAAUGGGAGGGCGGUGAUACGUUCUCCUGGUGUUGCUGCCCCUACGCACGUUUUCCUCUUCUUCUUAUGGCAACGCCGAGAUAUGAAUGAUCAAGGAAGACAGCAUAUUGCCUAAAUAAAGACAAGGUCUCUUCUGGCAUGCCUAGCUGGAGUUGUAGCUUUUCAGUUUGAUUUGCAGCUGCUCAGAACCACGAUUCAUCUGAUUUGGUGAUCCUUCUGUCAGUUUAUUGUUAUAGCUGUUUGAAAUAUAUAUAUGUGGAAAGAAUCUGGAAGUUCCUUAAAUGGAGGUACGAUCAGUACAGAUCUAUCGUGCAUGGCAACUUUUAUCGAUCUGAUAUUCAGCUCAUAAAUAUAUAGCUUUUCUAGGAGCUAAGUUUCAAUCUCUGGUAUUCAGGAAAAGGAUAAAAAUGCGCAUGCAGACGAUUGCUUUCAUUAGAUACAGUAAAAUUACGAACAGCCUGCAUGGAUCUGUAGUUAAUCUUUGUAUUCACCAAGUAGCAAUACAGCAGAAUUGAUAUUUACUAAUACGUACUAGCUAGUAGCUACCCGGCCAUUGCCCUGAAUGAAAUUCGUUUUAUGAU